CCCUUCCUAGGGUUAGGGUUAGGGUUAGGGUUUCUCCCUCUCUCACACUUAUGUAGUGCUCAAUUGAAGCAAAUCCCUUUUUAGGGAUUGAUGUUCUUCAAUGGCCAAUAGCAAAUUUGAGUAUGUGAAGGAUUUCGAGACUGAUGAUAGAUUGCCACGCUGCAAUUGGAUUGUGGUGAGAAUUGAUGGAUGCCAUUUUCACCAAUUUUCUGCAGAUCAUGCAUUUGAGAAACCCAACGAUGAGAAUGCCCUGAACCUGAUGAAUGCGUGUGCAGUCUCUAUGCUUGAGCAGUUCCCAGAUAUUGUAUUUGCUUACGGUGUGAGCGAUGAAUAUAGUUUUGUACUGAAGGAGGCAAGUCAAUUUUACCAGAGACGGGCAAGCAAAAUACUUUCGCUCACUGUCUCCUACUUCACUGCUGUUUAUGUGAUGAAGUGGAAAGAGUUCUUCCCCCACAAAGAUUUGAAAAGGCCGCCAUUUUUUGAUGGGCGAGUUGUAUGCUAUCCAAGAGCGAAGAUCAUUCGAGAUUAUCUUUCGUGGAGGCAAGUAGACUGUCAUAUUAACAAUCAAUACAAUACUUGCUUCUGGAUGCUAGUUAAGUCUGGGAAAACAGAAAGGGAAGCACAAGAAAUGCUAAAGGGUACACUGUCAAAAGAUAAGAAUGAGCUUCUUUUCCAACAGUUUGGUGUUAAUUACGACAAAGUACCAGCUAUGUUCCGCAAAGGGUCUUGUGUUUACAGAGAUAAGGUUGAAGAAAUAGUGAAGUUCGAUGAGAGCAGAAAUCCCGUCAGAAGAAUUCGAAAGAAGGUUGUUCUUGGACACUUUGACAUUAUCGGCCCCAAUUUUUGGCAUGAACAUCCAGAAAUUCUUGAAGAAGAUUAAGUAAUCGAGCAACAUCAAAAUGGAGGUCGCGGUAGGAUGCUUUAAUAUUAGCGUCUCUCAAUUCAGAAAUUCUUGAAGAAGAUUUGAGUCACAUCUAGCAGGAAAAUUCUUCUGUAAAUUUACUACAUUAGCUUCAGUUUAUCAACAUCUUAUAUAUUGUAAUUUUCGCGUGAGCACUACUUUUUAGCAAACUGAAUUUUUUCUGCUCUGUGGAAUUCUUUUUCCUAACCUUUUCCUGCCAAAGUAGAAUAAAAGAUGUACUAGUGAUUUUUUUUGAUUCUCUGUAGUUUCUCAUUUAAAUAUAAGUUUGAUAUUUCCUGCUUUUA